UUUUAAAGGUUUCCGUGAAGGAGAAAACAUGUUAACAGAGUGGUGAAGAGCAGUUUAAUAUUUGCUGAACUGAAAUGAGUCAUACUGCAGGUUGUGAAGAGGGAGGCUGUUCCUCCAACAUUCAACAGCUUUGCCCCAGCCAGCAGGAGAGUUCAGACUCACCAGAACCCAGCUGUGUGUCUAUGAAGAGUGAUGGGUCUAUGGAUAAAAUGAUUAAUUUUAAAGAUUUCAACAGUGUCCUACAGGGGGGAGAGGAAACGAAGAAUCGAAGGAUGAGGAAACACAAGGAUUGUAAAAUCAGAGUCAAAAUCUCCAGCCAGCAGGAGAGUUCAGACUCACCAGAACCCAGCUGUGUGUCUAUGAAGAGUGAUGGGUCUAUGGAUAAAAUGAUUAAUUUUAAAGAUGAUCACAGAAGCCAAGUCCAGCAGAAUCAAAUCAAAUCAUAUCAGAAGAGUUCAGACUCACCAGAACCCAGCUGUGUGUCCAUGACUGUGGGACUAGACUCCACCAGAGGUGAAAAAGAAGAAAUUGGAUUCCUAAAAAAAAAUUUAAGCAAGAGGUUUCUGUGUUUGUGUGAAGGAGCCGCAAAGCAGGGAAAGCCAACACUCCUGAAUGAGAUCUACACAGAGCUCUACAUCACAGACGGUGAAAGUGGAGAGAUCAGUAAUGAACAUGAGGUGAGACAGACUGAGACAGCAUCCAGGCGUGCAGCAACAGAGGACACACCAAUCAAAUGCAAUGACAUCUUUAAACCUUUACCUGGACAAGACAAAGCCAUCAGAACUGUGCUGACAAAGGGAGUCACUGGAAUUGGAAAAACAGUCUCUGUGCAGAAGUUCAUUCUGGACUGGGCUGAAGGAAAAGCAAAUCAGGACAUCCAGUUUAUAUUUCCACUUCCUUUCAGAGAGCUUAAUUUGAUAAAGGGCAUAAAACUUAGUCUUUCAGAUCUUUUGUAUGUGUUUUUCACUGAAACUAAACAAAUGAAUAUUUCCAGAGAUGAAUGUAAUGUUUUCUUCAUUUUUGAUGGUCUGGAUGAGUGUCAGCUGACUCUGGAUUUUCAGAGCAAUAUGAGGUUGUGUGAUGUCAAUGAAUCAGCCUCUGUGGAUGUGCUGCUGACAAACCUCAUCAAGGGGAAUCUGCUUCCCUCUGCUCUCAUCUGGAUCACCUCCAGACCAGUAGCAGCUGAUCUCAUCCCCUCUGAGUGUGUUGAUCGAGUGACAGAGGUACGAGGAUUCAAUGAUCCACUGAAGGAGGAAUACUUCACUAAGAGUAUCAGUGAUCAGAGUCUGGCCAAUAGAAUCAUCACACACCUGAAGUCUUCAAGGAGUCUCUACAUCAUGUGUCACAUCCCACUGUUCUGUUGGAUUUCAGCCACUGUUCUAGAGAGAAUGAUGGGUGAAGAAGAGAGUGGAGAGAUCCCCAAGACUCUUACUCAAAUGUACACACAUUUCCUGAUCAUUCAGACAAACAUCAAACGUGAGAAGAAAGAGACAGAAGACAUGAUUGUCAAACUGGGGAAACUGGCUUUUCAGCAGCUUCUGAAAGGCAAUCUGAUCUUCCACGAGGAAGACCUAAGAGAGUGUGGCAUCGAUGUGACAGAAGCAUCAGUGAACUCAGGAUUGUGCACUCAGAUCUUCACAGAGGAAUUUGGGCUAAACCAGGAAAAAGUUUAUUGCUUUGUUCAUCAGAGCAUUCAGGAACAUCUAGCAGCUCUAUAUGUGCAUUUCUCCUUUACAAACAAUAACAUAAAUGUGUUUGACCAGAUUACAAAACAAAGACGUUUUGCAAAUGUUUUGAACUUGAUGAAACAUAAACCAUCAAAACGUGUUUCCUUAUCCGAGCUGCAUCAGAGAGUCGUGGAUGAAGCUUUGCAAAGUAAGAAUGGACACCUUGAUCUUUUCCUUCGUUUUCUUCUGGGUCUCUCAUUGGAGUCUAAUCAGACUCUUUUACAAAAUGUAAUGACACAGACAAGAAGUGGCUCCUACAACAAUGAGAAAACAGUUCAGUACAUUAAACAGAAGAUAAGGAAGAAUUGCUCUCCAGAGAAAUCCAUCAAUCUGUUUCACUGUCUGAAUGAACUGGGUGAUCAUUCGCUAAUGCAGGAGAUCCAAUAUUAUCUGAAAUCUGGAAUAAUAACUGAAACCAAACUCUCCUCAUCACAGUGGUCAGCUUUAGUUUUUGUGUUGCUGACCUCAGAACAGAAGAUGGAUGUGUUUAGUCUGAUUGAAUUUGUUGGAGCGGGAAUUAAAGCAGAUGAAGUUCUUCUGAAGCUGCUGCCUGUGAUUAAAGAAUCCAGAUCAGUUCAGUUGAGUUAUUGUGGCGUCACAGAGGACGUUUGUGCUGCUCUGGCUUUAGCUCUAAGAUCAAACCCCUCACACCUGAGACUACUGGAUCUGUCGGAGAAUAAACUAGGAGACUCAGGAGUGAAGCUGCUCUUUGCUGGACUAAAGAGUCCUCCCUGGAAACUGGAGAUUCUGUGGUUAAGGUAUUGCGGUGUCACAGAUGAAGGUUGUGCUGUUAUGGCUUCAGCUCUGAGAUCAAACCCCUCACACUUGAGAGAACUGGAUCUGUCUGGGAAUGAAAUAGGAGACUCUGGUGUGAUGCUGCUCUCUAAUGGACUGGAUAAACUUCACUGUAAGCUGGAGAUACUGAGGUUGAGGUAUUGUGGUGUCACACAUGAAGGUUGUGCUGCUCUAGCAUCAGCUCUGACAUCACACCUUAGAGAACUGGAUCUGUCUGGGAAUAAACUAGGAGACUCAGGAGUGAAGCUGCUCUCUGCUGGACUGGAGAAUCAUCAAUGUAAAGUGGAGAUACUGAGGUUAAGGUAUUGUGGUGUCAAUGAUGAAGGUUGUGCUGUUCUGGCUUCAGCUCUAUCAAACCACUCACACCUGAGAGAACUGAAUCUGUCUGGGAAUAAACUAGGGGAUUCAGGAGUGAAGCUACUCUCUGCUGGACUGGAGAAUCCUCACUGUAAACUUGAAACACUGAGCUUAAAUUAUUGUAAUAUCACAGAUGAAGGUUGUGCUGCACUGGCUUCAGCUCAGAGAUUACGCCCCUCACACCCAAGAGAACUGGAACUGUAUGGGAACAAACUGGGAGACUCAAAAGUGAAGCUUGAAGAAUGACCCACAUAAAGUGGAGAUUCGGAUUGUGAAAAUGGAGCCACUACAGAGACUCACAGUGAACAGAAUCCGAAGACAUAGAGUCCUCUCAUUGACACACUUUAUUUUUUUUAAAAUAUAUUCAAUCAGAUUUAUAGCCAUCUUAUAGACAUGUUGAAGGAACAGUAGAACCAGUUAAAUGGAUUGUUUAAUACUGGUACAGUCUUUUAAUCAUGCAGUAUUUUAAAAUGACAUAUGAAUGUAUAUAUUUUGUAUAUGAUGAUCUUGAUCUGUCUCAGUGAUGUGAGCAGCUCAAACACACUGAAAACUUGGGCAAUUGUUUUUUUGGGCAAUAACUGUGUCUGAUGAAUGGCAGGCAUAUUUCUAUGACAGUGACAUGCUCCUUUUAUAUGCAUACAAUGCGAUCUCUUCAAAAUUUGGAUGUAUGCUCCGUUAAAUUAUAGAGAAUGUAAGUAGCGUUUUCAUCUACUGACACAAAUCAUGGCUAUUGCUAAUAAUGAUUGUACCGGCACACACGUCACGAACACCAGUCGAUAUUGAUUUAAAAAAAAAAAAAAAAAAUUAUUGAAACAUGAAAAUUAAACCAAAAAUAGUUCUAAAUUCUCAUUAUACUGAAAUGAAAACGCAGUGAUUAUGACAUCUACGACAUUGAUUUUCAAGGACUUAAUUUGAUGUUCCACUAUAUUUUAAGAGUUUGGAAGAUCUUUAAUUACCACCAGCGGGUGGAAUCUCCAAACUGAAAAUGUAGGAACUGGAUUUAUACAUUGCGCUGAAAACAGACACGAUCUUGAAAUGAAAAACUUAAACGGAAACAUUUAUGUUUGUGUAAAACACAAGUGUUAUUCUUUCCAAGAAUUAGCUUUAUUUUCACACGAUUGAGUAACUAUACUGCGUGCCCAAAUAUUAUCCUCAGGAUUAAUUUUAUUGUUGAACAAACACAAUGCUCUGUCAAUCCAAAAUUUUAUUGAACCUCAAACCUGAAUGUUUAACAAAGGAAAAGUGAGUUUUGUCUUUCUCAGGGAAUAUACAAGUGUGCAAAAUUACUAGGCAACUAAAUUACAAAAAUAAUUUCUCCCAACUCAAUUGUUUAUUCUCAAUUUUUAGAGUAAGAGCAACAAAUAAGGAACACAAAAUGACAAUUAAAUAACAUUUUUGGACUUUAAAAAAAUAUUCAGAGACCAAUAUAGCUACCCUUUUCAAUAACUGCCAUGAGCCUUCAAACCAUGGAGUCUGUCAGUUUCUUGAUCUGUUCAUGAUCAACUUUCAUUGAAGCAGCAAUCACAGCCUCCCAAAUUCUGGUGAAUUGUCUUCCCUCACUGUAAAAAACGUUUGAGAAGGGUCCACAAGUUCUCAGUAGGAUUUAAGUCAGGUGAGGAAGGGGACCAAGUCAUUAUUUGGGCAUCUGUGAGGCCCUUGCUGGCUAGCCAACAGUGGAAUACUUGGAUGCAUGUGAUGGAGUAUUGUCCUGCAUAAAGUUCAUGGACUUCUUGAAUGCUGAGGACUUCAUCCUGUACUACUGCUUGAAGUACUUUCCAGAAACUGGCAGGAGGUUUUAGAGUUGAGUUUCAGUCCAUCUUCAGCUUGAAAAGGUCCAUCUGCCUCAUCCUUGAUGAUAGCAGCCCAUACCCCUCCUCCAAUUUGCUGGCACCUGACUCGAAGUGGUGCCCUGUGUCCAUUAGUGAUACAGCCAUGGGCCCAUCCAUCUGGUCCAUCAAGAGUCACUCUGUCCAUAAAACCUUUGAAAAAUAUGUCUUGUAUUUCUUUGCCCAAUCUUGACACUUGGUCGUGUUUCAGCCUUCUUGACCAUGGCAGUGUCUCUGAGCACUUGACACCUUGUACUUCUGGAAACUCCAGGUUGGUUGCAUUUCUGGAAUAUGGUGGCAUUGGAGGAUAAUGGGUUCCUGGUAGCUUCACAUUUAAUUCUUCUCAAGUCUUUUGCAGUUAAUUUGCGCCUUUUCUUCUCCAUGUGUUUUCUGCACCGCAGUUGACUAUUCUCAUCAAAACUUUUGAUUGUCAGAAAUGCCUCAAUAGUUUAGCUAUUUCAAGAGUGUUGCAUCCGUCUGAAAGGCAUUAAGCUGCUUAAUAAUUAUGCACACCUUGAUAUAAGGUGUAGUCACUUUCACCACACCCUCCCUCAUUACACAAAUACAUACCACCUGAAACUGAUUGAAUCCAAUAAGCAUUCAAGUUUAUAUGUUUUGAAGUUGGAAAAUGUGCAUGAAAUAAUGAUAAGAUCAGAAUACUCACAGUGUAUAUUAAUCAUGAUUACUGACUAUAGAAGAUUCAAAUUCAUGCCUUUAUUAUUUCAUUAUUAUUAAUUCAGUUUGUCGUUUUCCUUAUAAUUCUACUUCAGUUCUGUAAUAUUGCAUUGUUACAAAUUAGCAAGCAAAGGUUAACUCUAAAGAAGCCAUACACUUGCUUAGAUUUAUUAUUAUGCUACUGUAAUUAUUGUAAUAAACCCACUUGUGAAAUAAAGAUAAUAUUGAUCAAUCCUUAAAAUCAAGCAGUUAGAAAGUACACCUUGAUGCCUUAGGAAUAAAAUAGAACCUAUUAAAAUACAUAAUUGCCUGACUGUGAUGACUUUCUUUAAUCAUGAUUAUUUUAGAUUAUACCUGAUUUUCAACACCUCUUGUUGUUUGAAGUACUUUGUAUACUGAAUGUUCUUGGACAGGUAUUUUAUCAAUGUUUUGAUCACGGAACGAUCCAAAAACACUUUGAACUGCAGUACAGCCCACUGAAGAGAUGGUAGGUCUGUCCUUCUCAGCCUCAUUGUCAUUGCCAUCAAAUCAAAGAUGGCAUUCAUUGUGUUGUUUAAAAAUUAACAUGAACAUGUUUUCUGUUAAUGUUAACUUGCAUUAUUCGAGGUCUUGAGAUAUUUUGAACAAUUGUCAUUAUCUGCAAAUAAAUGCUCUAAAUGACAAUAUUUUUAUUUG